CAGCGCUAACUGUGCGCUUCUUCCUUUACUGCAGAAAAUCUGAAUUCGAUGUAAAUAAUUGUGCUAAAAUUGUCCUGGUUCAGACGCAGGAAAACCUUUUUCCGGUAGAAAGCCCACCUUCCUCUCAUGUUGCGCAUGCUCAGUGCGUCCUGCUGGUUUGCUUGGCUUUCGUGCUUCCCUGCCUUCUGUCUGCAGGUAAGAGCCUCCUGAAAGAUGAGCGUCAGCGGUCCGGCUCAAGCAGAACUCUGGGGGUCCCAAGAGCUUUCGGGUAUGCAAGAGAGGAAGGAGUGAUUGGUCUCGACUCAAGCACAUCCCUCCCACCGGCCACGGUCAAGAGCCAGGGUGCACAGCGCCGCAGUCGCCACUGGAGGGGCGCUAACGAAGAGAGGAUGACAGGAGGGGGAGAGAACUACAAGUCCCAGCAUGCAGCGCGCAGCGCGGCUUCCGCAGAGGCUGGCUGUGCACUGGAGCCGGGGGUCGGCCCAGAUGCUGUGGGCUGACCAGGUGAGCGUCUGGCGUAGGAUGUGAGUGAGCACUGGAAGUGUGUUCCGGCGGCCCGGGCAUGCCGGGACGGUAGCCCUCUGAGAACCAACUCGCCCGCCCUAGCGGACCUCGGGAGUCCUAGCGCCGGUGCCCACCCCGGACCGCACGUCCGGACGUGACGCCGCAGCGGAGGAGGAAGGGAGAGGCGGGGCGCCGCGGUGACGUCCUCCCAAGAUGGCGGCGAGAGAGUGAAGAAACUGUUUCCCUUGGGCGGCUACCGAUCAAGGGUAAAAUUCUGAUACCAAAAUGCAGUAUUCGCACCACUGUGAGCACCUUUUAGAGAGACUGAACAAACAACGGGAAGCAGGCUUUCUCUGUGACUGUACCGUAGUGAUUGGAGACUUCCAGUUUAAGGCGCACAGGAAUGUGCUUGCCUCCUUUAGUGAGUAUUUUGGUGCGAUCUACAGAAGCACUUCUGAGAACAAUGUUUUUCUUGAUCAGAGUCAGGUGAAGGCUGACGGAUUUCAGAAACUGUUGGAGUUUAUAUAUACAGGAACUUUAAAUCUCGACAGUUGGAAUGUUAAAGAGAUUCAUCAGGCUGCUGACUAUCUUAAAGUAGAAGAGGUAGUAACUAAAUGUAAAAUAAAGAUGGAAGACUUUGCUUUUAUUGCUAGUCCCUCUUCUACAGAAAUAUCUAGUAUUACUGGAAACAUUGAAUUGAAUCAACAGACCUGUCUUCUAACUCUUCGAGAUUAUAACAAUCGGGAGAAGUCAGAAGUAUCCACAGACUUAGUUCAGGCAAAUCCUAAACAACGGGUAUUGGCAAAGAAAUCGUCUCAAAGUAAAAAGAAGAAAAAGUCUUUCAAUCCACAGAAACCUGGACAGAAUAAAGCAGCGCAGUACCCCAGUGAUGUUUUAGAGAGUGCUCCUGUGGAGCUGUUCAUAGAUACAGGUAAGUUGUCCUCACCUGUAGACGAACAAGUCGUCCAGGGAAAUGAUAAUACAGAACUCGAGUUGACCUCAGUUGUGGAAAAUACUUUUCCAGCACAAGAUAUUGUACAAACUGUUACAGUCAAACGGAAACGCGGCAAGUCACAGUCACACUGUGCUCUGAAAGAACACUCCAUGUCUAAUAUAGCCAGUGUAAAGAGUCCCUAUGAACUGGAGAACGCUGGCGAAGAGCUGGAUCAGCGGUAUUCCAAGGCUAAGCCAAUGUGUAACACGUGCGGGAAAGUGUUUUCAGAAGCCAGCAGCUUGAGAAGACACAUGAGAAUACAUAAAGGAGUCAAACCCUAUGUCUGCCACUUGUGUGGAAAGGCUUUUACCCAGUGUAACCAGCUGAAAACACACGUAAGAACUCAUACAGGGGAAAGGCCAUACAAAUGUGAACUGUGCGAUAAAGGAUUUGCUCAGAAAUGCCAGCUGGUCUUCCACAGUCGCAUGCAUCAUGGUGAGGAAAAACCCUAUAAAUGUGAUGUGUGCAAUUUACAGUUUGCAACUUCUAGCAAUCUCAAGAUUCAUGCAAGGAAGCACAGUGGAGAGAAGCCAUAUGUGUGCGAUAGAUGUGGGCAGAGAUUUGCCCAAGCCAGCACACUGACCUACCAUGUCCGUAGGCACACUGGAGAAAAGCCUUAUGUGUGUGACACCUGCGGAAAGGCAUUUGCGGUCUCUAGUUCUCUUAUUACUCAUUCACGGAAACAUACAGGUGAAAAACCAUACAUAUGUGGUAUUUGUGGGAAAAGUUUUAUUUCCUCAGGAGAGCUCAACAAACACUUUCGAUCCCAUACAGGAGAACGGCCAUUUAUCUGCGAAUUAUGUGGAAAUUCUUACACAGACAUUAAAAAUUUGAAGAAGCACAAAGCAAAGGUCCAUUCUGGUACAGAUAAAACUCCAGAUGGCAGUGUAGAGGACCAUGCUUUAAGUGAACAGGAUCCCACACAAAGAAGUCCUUUGUCAGAAACUCUAGAUGUGAAGCCUUCAGAGGUGACUCUCCCCUUAGCGCUUCCGCUGGGAACUGAAGACCAUAUGCUUCUGCCUGUCACAGACAGUCAGUCUCCAACGUCUGACACACUGCUGAGGGCAACUGGGAAUGGAUUUUCAGAGCCACAAUUGAUUUUUUUACAACAAUUAUAUUGACUUUGAGGGCGUGGAACUGCUCAGACAUCCCUGGUAGUAAACAUAAACAUCUCUGGUAAUGUGCAUUUUCAUAUUAAUCCCCAUUCAUUUGAGCUGUGUGGCCAUUAUGUUAUGUGUAGGAGUAGAAGCACCCGACCCUGCAUCCAUCAGUGCUCAUGCUGGGUUUUGGCUCUCACUGUUAACAGCCUUUCAGGGAGAGACUUCACUGUGGCAGCACCAUUUUGGGCGGUAAGUUUUAGACACGGUUACAGCUGCCUUAAUUCUAUUCUUAUUUUUGACUUCUUUGUUCCUGAAGUAAAAUCUGACCUGUGGAUUUUUUUUUAUUGUUCUUUCCUAACUGUUUAAGCAAAAUCUACAGUACUAUCAACUUCAAAGUGUUUCUGUUUGUAAACCCUGUGGACCAGUAUAUAAACUGUUGGGGGGCUAAAUUUCAUAUUUAUACCUAUGAAAAUUUAGAUACUAAGGAAGAAUUGUGCUAUUUAUUAAUAUAUUCCUUUAAAGGUAACUUUUCUAAUAGAGCCAAAAGAAGUAUUUCUCUUAAAACCCAGAAAAAUGUAUGUACAUUUUUGUUCAUUUAGAAUGAACUUAGUACUCUGGAGAAAGCCAAUAGUCAAAUCAGUUUUUGUUUUGAGUUGAGACUAUAUUUUUUUAAAUAGAUAUUUGGUGUUUUUAAGUGGUCAAAAGACGGUUUUGAAGUUUGAUUCAUUUUCUAUUUUAUUAGAUUUGUAGAUUAUUGGAAGUGAAUAUAUAACAAGUUUGAAAUUUUUGAUAAGCCUAUCUUUUAUCGGAUAUGCACUUUUUAAAAUAAAUGUUCUAAAAAGAAUUUUCUAGAUAUAAAAUACAUAGUAGAAAUCACUUGGCUUCUCAAUUUGAUAUUAUUGCAUAGAAAAAUCAAGAAACUUGAGUAGCUUGCCUAAAGCAACACACACACACACACACACACACACAAACACACAGACACACAAACACACACACACAAACACCCACACACACAUAGGAUUACUAUCCUAACUUCAGUUAUAAGCUACACUUUUUGAUUAUCAGUUUAUUUACCAUUUUAUAUUUGAGUUUUCUAUAAGUAUGGGCUUUUAAAUUUUAUAAAUCAAACUACAACUUUUGGUUGUUGGCUCUAGCUUCAUAGUGGUCCUUCCAUUCCAGGAGGACGUAGAGAAUUCAGUGUCACCCCAUCGUAGAAACUUGCUGCCACUUUCCUCCAUAUUAAUUUAUUUCACUGCCUCACCCUUGUAUUUUAAAUUACAGUUUCAGAAGGUUAGUUCUCAUAGUACUUAUAAAAAUCACGACUAUUUCUCAUUUUUGCCAUGAGUUAGUUUUGCUUACUUGUUUUCAUGAUUUAAAUUACACUGAAAUAAAUUCAAUAUGUUUACCAAUAUUGAAUUCUUUAGUCAUAAUUCCCUGUUUGGGUCCAAGUCUCAGAAAUGAGAAGACAUAAUAAAAACACUCAGUUCUUAUAGACUGAAGUAGCGAUACCUUAUGUAGAGCAUAUAGCAUUUUCACAAUAAAUUACCACCCAGUGAACCGACUUAACUGGAGAGAGUGUGAAAUAACCACCUUUGUAUAAUGAACUUAUUAUUUUUACUAUUAGCUAAGAAAUCUGUGUGUAUGUUAAAUGAACAUUCUGAGUUUGAAUAAAAUUUGUAAGGUUAUGAAAUGUUCA